GGCAGCACCUCUCCUUUGACCGCGUGCGCAGCCUCCUCGUGGACACGCUGACAAGCACCGUCACUGAGUCCAACAAGACCUCGGUAGGUGGCGGCUUUCAGCCGCUGUCGUGGUGGGCUCAGCACAGGUACGACGUGGAAGCCGUGGAGGUUCAUGGGGAGCAGAAGUCCCACGACGUGUUCGGCGCUGUCUAUUAUGUGGGCAUCGAGCACAAGAGCAAGGACAAGGUCAAGGAAACCAUCCACUCGCAACUGCUUUCCCUUGAGCGGCAGGUCAAGAAGCGUGCGGCAGCUCCAAAGGCUCCGGAGAGCACGGCCGCCAAGGAAAGCACGAGCGCUGCGCUGAAAAGCGCAGAGGGCGAGGAACGCAGCGGCGCCGACUACAGCCUGGAUCUUGACAAGGAGCUCGAGGCUUUGCUCGAA